UGGGCACAGCAGAGGCCAACUCCAUCAAUUGCAAAUACAAUGAUGAGCUUAUAUAGCAGCUGCGUUCACUUUCGGUCACUCACUCGACAUCUUCACCGACACUGGAAUUGCUGCACCUAGCUAGCAAAGUAGCAACAUCUUUAUACCUUUUUCAAUGAAGCCUUCUCGCACCUGGUUUGAUCAUCUCUCUGCCAAAAACCAAACUCUUCAAAAUACAGGAAAGACUGUUGUUUUAGCAACCCUUGCCUUGACUCUCCUAACCGUCGUUCCUCUAUAUUACUUGUCGCUUGGCUAUUUUCCUUCCUUUCUUUGGUUCAGAUCUUCUCGCUCCACAUCAGCAUCCCUUUCUCGCGGCCAUGGCGGAAUACAGCAAUCAACAGGGCUACCUUCGUCUAAGCAAUGCGACCUCUUUACAGGAGAAUGGAUUCCAAACCCGGAUGCACCGUCUUACACAAACAGCACUUGUUUUACCAUUCACGAUGAACAGAAUUGCAUGAAAUUUGGGAGACCUGAUACUGAGUAUAUGAAAUGGAGGUGGAAGCCAGACGGCUGUGAGCUGCCCGUCUUCAACCCGCUUCAGUUCUUUGAGCUCGUCAGAGGGAAGUCCAUGGCCUUUGUCGGGGAUUCGAUAGGAAGAAACCAAAUGGAGUCCUUGAUGUGCCUCUUAUCAAGUGUGGAGCAACCAGUGGAAUAUCAAACCCUACGGUGGCGUUACCCCACCUACAACUUCACCAUUGCCAAUGUAUGGGCGCCCUUCAUUGUCAAAUCCAAGGCAGCUGACCCCGAUGGUCCCGUCUACACCGCCCUCUUCAAUCUCUACCUGGACGAGUUCGACGAUGACUGGAUCAAAGUGGUUGUCGACUUCGACUACGUUAUCCUCGCCGCCGAGCACUGGUUUUUCCGGCCAACCAUGUUCUAUGAGAAAGGCCAGCUCGUGGGGUGCUACCUCUGCCGCCAAGAAAACGUCACAGAUCUUAGUUCUGCCUAUAGUUACUCAAAGGCCUACCGGACUGCCUUUAGAGCACUCAACAGCUUACAAGGCUUUCAGGGCAUCACGUUCCUCAGGACGUUCUCUCCUCAGCACUUUGAGAAUGGCUUCUGGAACGAGGGAGGAAGAUGUGUGAGGACAAGACCCUAUAAGAGCAGUGAGACCCGUUUAGAGGGCUUACCUUUAGAGAUGUACUUGGCCCAAACUGAUGAAUUCAAGGUGGCAGAGAGAGAAGGAAGGAAGAGAGGGUUGAAGUUUAGGUUGCUUGAUAUCACUUUUACUUCGCUACUGAGACCAGAUGCACAUCCCAACAAUUAUGGGCACUGGCCCCGUGAGAAUGUCACCUUUUAUAACGAUUGCUCGCACUGGUGCUUGCCUGGGGCCAUUGAUACAUGGAAUGAUUUAUUGCUUCAGAUGAUGAAGAUGGAGGCUGGAAGAUCAUUUGAUGGAAGCUGAAAGUUGUUCUUCUUAGCUGUCUCUUCUCAAUUCUCCCCACUCAAAUUGCUCCAGAUGGGCCUAGUGGUUACCAAUGUCAAAGUACUUAAUCCUUUAGUUUAAUAAUUUUGCAUAUUGUCUUGGUUCGAGUAUCUACUAUCUGGUUUUGGUAAUACUGUCAAAGACCUAUGGUUUUGGGGCAGGUUUGACUUAUUUUUGCUUGGGCAGCCUGGUUCUGGUUCUCCUUAUGGGCCCACAUGUGGAAGUCGACAGAGACCAUUAACCCAGAUUAGACACUUCAGUCAUCAACAGUAAUAGAGUGAAAUAAUAAUAAGGCAUUUGUGACCCUGGCUGAUGUAUACAAGGAAAGGAUUUUAAAACAAUUCAAGGGUGUCAUUUACAAA